AUGACAGCUGGAACUGUUGUUAUCACUGGUGGAAUACUAGCAACAGUGAUACUGCUUUGUAUCAUAGGUGUGCUCUGUUACUGUAGACUCCAGUAUUAUUGUUGCAAAAAGGGCGAAUCGGACGAUGAGGAGGAAGACUCAGACCUGUACGCUCACCCGCGCUUUGCUUGCAACGCCUGCAACGCGCACUUUGUGGACGGAUUGCUCACUCAGCUGCCCGCGCCGGUGGAGCCGAGCCAGGCGGCCGCGGGGGGUUCGUGCCCCAACUGCUCCCCUCGCCGCUCCCCUUUUUACAUACGGACCGCCGAGGAGAUGCGGAACGGAGGCGAACGCGUCGCCUACACCCCGGCCCGCUACAAAGAGCCGGGGCCACCCUUCAAGAUGUCCUCGCUCCAAGGUUUCCCGGUGAUCCGCCAAAACACGGAAGCAAAUCACUGCUUUAAAGCUGAAAUGCAAGCAACUGAAGCAAGAAUAACUAGCCUGAUGGAGCCUCUCUCUCACUGGAAUUAG